AUGUUAGCAGGAAAUAUGCAACGGGCCAUCCUAAUGGCCAUCUUCCUCUUCGCGACUUUUUCGCUUGCUGCUCCAGCAGAUGAGUCGAAGGCCGAAGGAACAGAGCUAGGCCAACUGAGCAACGAGGCCAACCCCGCAGGCUCCGGCUCUGGUGCUCCCCAACGAGUCUUCGAUUUCAAGAUCACUCCCGACAUGAAAACUGAAGAUUUGGAUAACCCCAAGUCGGCUCUGAGCAAACUCAUUUCAUUCAUCGUCAAAGGUGCCUCGAAGGCCUCCAGAUAUGUUGCAAUCGUGGGUCCAAAAACGCCGACGCCUGAAAUCAAGUUGAGGAUCCUCGACAACUCGAUCUUCGUCCCCGGCGGCGGCCCUCCCCAAUUAGGUUUCAGACGAACGGAUGUUAACCCAGCUAUUGACAAAACCACCACGCUCUCUGGGAUCACAACCUGGUAUCAGACGAUCCGAUUGGCCUCAGAUGCCCCGCUUUCACUUGAACAUGGAUACCUUUUGGCUAGCAUUGAAGGUCCCACGGGUAAGACUACUCAUCAAUCCGCAAUUUAUUCUUCGACCGGUACCGAUCCUCUGAAGAUGGCUUCAGGCCCCAUGGCCAACGACCCCAAAGCAAUGUCGCCAGACGUCAGGCAAAAGGGAGAAUACCACAUUCAAUUGAUUAAAUUCCCUCUCGCUGACAAAAAGACCCCAGCUGACAAAGUCGGCGACGUUCCCCACUUCGGUUUCCAACCACCUAUCAAGAGAGAACACGUCUUCUUCUCAAACGUCUUCGUCACCUCGGGCAAAGAGAUCGAACAGCCCAAAUUCACUGCCCCGAAGACCAAGAAAGUCAAGGCCUGCAAGCGGACUUGA